AUAAAGUGACCAUGCUUUUCCCACGCAGUCUCUUUCCCCGGCCACAAAACAACCGUGAGUGUCUAACUCACCGUUCUUUAACAACUUUAAAAAACAAAAAAAUAUAAAAAAUAAAAAAUAUAAAAUCUUAAAAAUAAAUAGGCCUUCCGUAAUAUACAAAAUAAAAAUACGUCGCUAAAUUGUGUUAACAGGAGGCCUCGGGCUUAACCCGACGUUUAAGACAAUUAUAUUUAUCAGGAGAAUACGCCGAGAUUCCAUUCUGUUUUUAGCUGUCACUUUUCCUUGUCAGCGAGUCUUGAAACUUCGAUCUGAACACAAGUCGCAUUCUAAGUGUUUUUACUCACAGAUUCGGCCCCGGGGAACAUUUCUUAUCAACAAUUCCCGUGAUUAUAGCGCGAAGGAAGAAUUCAUACAUUUUGUGCACUCCGAGACAUGAACACGGAGACUACAGGGAGUUAUCCAAUGGCUUCUCUCUAUGUUGGCGAUCUGCACCCUGAUAUCACGGAGGCUAUGCUGUAUGAGAAAUUCAGCCCAGCAGGACCGGUGUUGUCUAUUCGAGUAUGUCGUGAUAUGAUCACCCGACGCUCUCUGGGUUAUGCCUAUGUGAAUUUCUCGCAACCCACCGACGCCGAGAGAGCCCUGGACACCAUGAACUUUGAUGUGGUGAAAGGGAAGCCAAUCAGAAUCAUGUGGUCACAGAGAGACCCCUCACUCAGGAAGUCUGGGGUGGGCAACGUGUUCAUCAAGAACCUGGACAAGACCAUCGACAACAAGGCCCUCUAUGACACCUUCUCUGCCUUUGGGAACAUUCUGUCUUGCAAAGUUGUGUGUGAUGAGAAUGGAUCCAAAGGAUACGCGUUUGUGCACUUUGAAACGCAGGACGCAGCCGACCGCGCCAUUGAAAAGAUGAACGGCAUGCUUCUGAACGACCGCAAGUGCUUACAGGGAAAUGUGGCUUUAAACCUAUACAACAACCCAUUUCGACUCUCUGUGGUCAACUCACUCCAUGUGUCAGCUGAGCAUCCUUCUGUCUUGAUGGAGCGAAUGCAGGAAUGCAAUACUGGAGCCAGAUUGGGAGAGGUCUGCAUAACAAGGUUCGUUGGACGUUUCAAGUCUCGGAAGGAGAGGGAGGCAGAACUCGGGGCCAAAGCAAAGGAGUUCACCAACGUCUACAUCAAGAACUUUGGAGACGACAUGAACGAUGACAAGCUAAAGGAAAUGUUUGACCAAUACGGUAGAAUUCUCAGUGUGAAGGUUAUGACCGACCCUAGUGGCAAAUCUCGAGGCUUUGGCUUUGUGAGUUACGAGAAACACGAGGAUGCUAACAAGGCAUGUGAGGAGAUGAACGGCCAAGAGUUCAAUGGGAAGACUGUGUUUGUGGGACGCGCUCAGAAGAAGAUUGAAAGGCAGGGGGAGCUGAAGAGGAAGUUUGAGAUGCUGAAACAGGAGAGGAUCAGCCGUUACCAGGGUGUUAACCUUUACAUUAAGAACUUGGACGACACCAUUGACGACGAGAAACUGCGCAAGGAAUUCACCCCAUUCGGUUCCAUCACCAGUGCCAAAGUGAUGCUGGAGGAGGGGCGUUCCAAGGGCUUUGGGUUUGUCUGCUUCUCCUCUCCUGAGGAGGCCACCAAGGCUGUGACUGAGAUGAAUGGGCGCAUUGUGGGCUCCAAGCCCCUCUACGUGGCCUUGGCUCAGCGCAAAGAAGAGCGCAAGGCCCACCUCACUAACCAGUACAUGCAGCGCAUCACUGGCAUGAGGGCCAUGCCUGCCAACGCCAUCAUCAACCAGUUCCAGCCCGCCAGCGGAUACUUCAUGCCUGCAGUGCCUCAGGGCCAAAACAGGACCACCUACUAUGCACCCAAUCAGCUGACCCAGAUGAGGCCCAAUCCCCGUUGGCAGCAGCAGGGUGGCAGAGGCCAAGGUGGUUUCCAAGGGAUGCCCAACUCCCUGCGCCAGCCUGGUCCACGUGCGAACCUGAGACACCUGGCUCCCAGCGCCCAGGGCCCACGAGGCAUGGGGCCUGCUGGAGCUCAGAGAGUUGGAGGUGCUGGCCAGGCUAUGGGUCCUCGUCCCUCCAUGGGAGUCCCUGCCCCUCGUGCCAUGCCACCCUACAAGUACGCCACCAGCAUACGCAAUACUAACCCCCAAGUGGUGCAGCCCAUCGCCUUACAGCAGGCUCAGCCAGCUGUACAUGUGCAGGGUCAGGAGCCUCUCACAUCCUCCAUGCUGGCUUCUGCACCCCCCCAGGAGCAGAAGCAGAUGCUGGGGGAGCGCCUGUUCCCCCUGAUCCAGGCCAUGCACCCCAGCUUGGCAGGGAAGAUCACUGGGAUGCUGCUUGAGAUUGACAACUCUGAGCUGCUGCACAUGCUGGAGUCCCACGAAUCCCUGCGCUCCAAGGUGGAGGAGGCUGUUGCCGUUCUGCAGGCCCACCAGGCAAAGAAGGAUGCCACACAAAAAGUGGGAGUCAUCCCUACAACCACUGCUGCCUCUACUUCCUGAUGUGACACAAUCAACUGAGAAAAAGAUGGGGAGAGAUCACUACAUUGGCUUCAAAUGACUGGGUCAUCUCGAAAAAAUCCUAUGCAAAAAUAAAUAAAAACAAGGUUGAAAAAAAUAGAAAAAAUAUUUUAAAAACAUAAAUAUUUUUUAAAGAGAUUACAGUACUUAAUUUGUCUAGUUAAAAAAAAAAAGUUCUGUAAUACAUUUUAACUUUACCAAAAGCAAAACUUCCAACUAAAUAAGGCCCUUUAUUUUGUGGCCAGGACAAACCCCUUUUCUCUGAAAAUUUGCUUUGCUCUUAUUCUUUGUUUGAAAGUUUUGUUUUAUGAUUUGUUUUGGACAAUUGGAUUCCUCCGUCCCAUCAUGUUAUCAUGGGUGGUGUGGUAUAUGUUAUUCUCAAUAAAGGGAUGAAUAUCAAAUUUACAA